AAAUCGGGUUUGGAUCUGCGGAACAUACUAUGUAAUUAGCGUGAAACCGGGUUUGGAUCUGCUCCAGUCUUCGUAUGCCUCAAACCGCCGUGUCCAAAACUCGACGAACAAUCAGGUUCUGUUCUUAGUUCUCUAUCUAGUUAUUCAGUUUACUUAUUGGUUAUUACAGUCCGGGUUCGGUUUAUUACGGUUUGAUUUGGGUUAGCGAAUUGUGUUCGAAAUAUAGGUUCGGUUCAUAACUCACAGAAACGGUUCAGUUAAUCAUAAAAAAGUUCGGUUCAGUUUUCGGUCAACAAUAUAAACCCGUCCAAGGAUCCUGGAGUGAGCGACUGAAUUGUUGAAUUUGAGUUUUCAUCGUAGAAUCAAAGCAAGCACAGAAAGAAUAUAUAAAAAAGAAGCACCCUCGCAAUUUUCCACUACAACACAACAACCCUUCCUUGUAACUCACACACGAUGAGGCUCUUGACGGUAGCUACUUGCAAUCUCAACCAAUGGGCUAUGGAAUUCGAUUCCAACCUUAAACAAAUCAAAGACUCCAUUUCCAAAGCCAAACAAGCCGGCGCCGUCAUUCGACUUGGACCGGAGCUAGAGAUUCCCGGUUAUGGCUGUGAAGACCAUUUCUUAGAACUCGACACCAUUAACCACUCAUGGGAAUGUUUGAAAGAUAUAUUGGUUGGUGAUUGGACUGAUAACAUAGUGUGUAGUAUUGGAAUGCCUAUUAUCAAAGGUUCUGAGAGGUAUAAUUGUCAAGUUUUGUGUUUCAAUCGAAAGAUUAUUAUGAUAAGACCCAAAAUGUGGCUUGCAAAUGAUGGUAAUUAUAGAGAACUUCGAUGGUUUACUGCUUGGAAACAGAGGGAUCAAGUUGUGGAUUUUCAGCUUCCUGAUCAUAUUUCUGAGGCAAUAGGCCAAAAUUCAGUUCCCUUUGGUUAUGGUUUCGUUAAGUUUCGAGACACAGCUAUUGCAGCUGAAGUUUGUGAAGAGCUUUUUACUCCAUCACCCCCUCAUGCUGAGCUUGCAUUAAAUGGGGUUGAAGUGUUUAUGAAUGCAAGUGGAAGUCACCACCAACUUAGAAAGCUUGAUGUUCGUCUCCGUGCUUUUAUAGGUGCCACUCAUACUCGUGGAGGGGUCUAUAUGUACAGUAAUCACCAAGGCUGUGAUGGUGGCCGCCUUUAUUAUGAUGGAUGUGCCAGUGUUGUGGUAAAUGGUGAUGUCGUUGCUCAAGGUUCCCAAUUUUCUUUAAAUGACAUUGAGCUUGUGGUUGCUUCGAUAGAUCUAGAUGUGGUUGCAAGCCUUAGAGGAUCUUUAAGCAGCUUCCAAGAGCAAGCAAGUUGUAAAGCCAAUGUUCCUUCGGUAGAUGUACCAUACAGUCUUUGUCUUCCUUUUGACCUUAAAAUACACCUUUCCGUUCCUCUUAAGAUAAAAUAUCACUCUCCUGAGGAGGAAAUAGCAUUUGGACCUGGUUGCUGGUUAUGGGACUACUUACGAAGAAGUGGAGCAUCUGGUUUUCUGCUCCCGCUUUCUGGUGGAGCAGACAGUUCCUCUGUUGCUGCGAUUGUUGGGUGUAUGUGCCAGCUUGUUGUGAAAGAAAUUGCAAAUGGAGAUGAACAGGUUAAAGCUGAUGCAAUACGAAUAGGAAACUAUAAAGAUGGACAGUACCCUACAAACAGCAGAGAAUUUGCUAAACGAAUAUUUUAUACAGUGUUUAUGGGAUCUGAAAACAGUUCGGAAAUGACAAAGUCACGAGCCAAGGUACUGGCAGAUGAAAUUGGUUCAUGGCACCUUGAUGUUAGCAUCGAUGGAGUUGUAUCUGCUCUUUUGUCAUUGUUCCAAACACUUACAGGAAUGCGACCGCGCUACAAGGUAGACGGUGGAUCUAAUGUUGAGAAUUUAAGCUUGCAAAACAUUCAAGCUCGAAUCAGAAUGGUGCUAGCUUUCAUGUUAGCAUCACUCUUGCCUUGGGUUCACAACAAACCUGGGUUUUAUCUUGUCUUGGGUAGCUCCAAUGUGGAUGAAGGGUUGCGUGGCUACUUGACGAAGUAUGAUUGCAGCUCAGCAGAUAUAAACCCUAUUGGUAGUAUAAGUAAGCAGGACCUUAGGUCAUUCCUGCGAUGGGCAGCCAUCCAUCUUGGUUACUCAUCGUUGGCAGAUAUUGAAGCAGCUCCACCCACAGCUGAACUGGAGCCUAUUCGUUCUAACUACAGUCAGCUUGAUGAAGUUGAUAUGGGAAUGACUUAUGAGGAACUAUCAGUUUAUGGAAGACUACGGAAAAUUUUCCGUUGUGGUCCAGUUUCCAUGUUCCAGAAUCUAUGUUACAGAUGGGGUGCAAGAUUGACUCCAUCACAAGUGGCUGAAAAAGUAAAACAUUUCUUCAAAUAUUAUUCUAUCAAUCGACACAAAAUGACCACUUUGACACCUUCCUAUCAUGCUGAGAGUUAUUCACCAGAGGAUAAUAGGUUUGAUCUUCGCCAGUUUCUUUAUAAUGCAAGAUGGCCAUAUCAAUUUCAGAAAAUCGAUGAACUAGUACAAGAGCUGAAUGUCAAAGAUGUUCAAGAAUCAGGAAACCAUGAGAUAGUGGCAGCUCCAUCAGAUGGUGUUGGUGGGAUGGGAGUUGCUGCAGCAGGUUCAGGCAAUCCAAAUGUUGGAAUCUAAUUGAAGUUAACCUCCCCUUAUAAAACAAAACAAAAUAAAUUAUAUAGAUUUGCAUGAGCAAGAUUGCAAAUCUGGUCUGACAUAUAGAUUCCAUAUUUUUGUAGCACUCUAUGUGAAUAAUGAAAUUCAUUCAACCUUUCAACUCAUGUGUAUGUUAGGGUAAAAACAUUUUUACUAAUGUUUCUACAAUAAAUACACGUUCAUUUUCCAAAUCAUCAAA